AGUAACAUUUGUUUUUCUAGUGAUUUUUGGAAUGAAAUAUGUGGAACACUGCACAAACAUAACCUACUUUUUUUCUAGUCUUUACUUUUGUUUACCUUAUUGUCGCCCGUGUUUUGAAUUUUGAAUUGUUUUUACUAUUCUUCAUAAAUUAUAAAUGGAUCUAAAAGAAGUUAAGGAUUUCCUUGAGUAUUUCGACAAUGUGGAAGAGGUAUCUGAAAACAGAGUGCACAAAAGAUGUAUUUGUGAUGCCGAAAACCCAAUUGAAUUUUACGAGGACCAGGCGUUUUGCUACCGCUAUCGUUUUUCGAAAACGUUUGUGCUAAAUGUUUUACUACCUCUUGUUGCCAAUAGCCUAGACUCCGAACCCGUAUCGCCCCUAAUCCAACUUUUAACCAGUUUACGAUAUUAUGCAACAGGAGAUUUUCAGUUGGUUAACGGGGAUUUACGUGGAAUAAGCCGGGAAUCAGUAAGCCUUAUAAUAAAAAAUGUUUCCGAGGGAAUAGCUAGGCAUUUGCGUGACUAUAUUCAACAUCCUAAAUACCUGGAACAGAAACAACGAAACGUAAGGUUGUUUCAGGCAAUAGCUGGAUUUCCUGGUGUGGCAGCGUGCGUAGAUUGUAUGCAUAUUAAAAUUGCUAACAUAGGAGAUCACAAGGAGUAUGUUUUCACAAAUCGCAGAGGCAUCUUCUCUCUAAAUAUACAAAUUGCGGUGGGUCCACAGAGGGAAAUGAUUGACAUUGUUGCUAGAUAUCCCGGAGCAUCCACUGACGGCAUAAUCUAUGAUAGAAGUUAUCUGCGAGUAGCUUGCGAGAAAGGUGAAAUGGGGGGCGUUCUUUUGGCUGAUAGAGGAUAUCCGAAGAAAAGACCAAAUCUGCUAACACCAAUUGUUCAUCCAGCUAGUGCACGUGACGAACGCUUCAACAAAGCUCACAAAGGCACAAUGGAGGUUAUUGAACGUGCGUUUGGUAAUUAUAAACGACGGUUUCCGUGCUUGCACAGAGGACUCACGACGGAACUCACAACAAGCCCAGCUGUAAUUUGUGCUACGACGACCUUGUAUAACUUAGGUUUAAAAUAUAAGGACAAUAUUACUUGUGAGGAGGAGUCGCUCGAGAAUUGAGUUGAGGAUGUUAGCAAUAUUAGUGUUUAAUUUAAUCACAGUUUUAGGAUUAGCGGUUAUUAGAUAUUAUUUUUAUUACUGUAAUAUUAAGAUAAAUUCGGACAUAUUUUUGUUAUUAUUUUAUUGAUUUAUGUUUUUUUUAUUCAGUAGGUACUUAUUAUUAAUAUGUAGAAACUAAUGCCAAAAUAAUUGUUGUAAAAAUGUUUGUAAGUAAUAUUACUUAUUAUUAAUUUUUAAUUAUUAUUUAUGUAUUCGUUGUAUUAAAAAAUU